GUUGCUGUCCAGACCCGGGUUCGGGAGAGUGUCGGCUCCAGCUUUUUUCCACAGCUCGCUCCCCAGUCUGAGCGCCUGGCCUAGCCCUCUCGUGAGGGCGCCCCGGGACGGAAGGAUCCAGCAGCCUGUCGGCGCCCGCCGUUUUCGUGGUCGCCGUUGCCGUCGUCGUUGUGGUAGUCUCCGCCGUCGCCUGGGCCAUGGCCAAUUACAUCCACGUCCCGCCUGGCUCCCCGGAGGUGCCCAAGCUCAAUGUCACGGUUCAGGAUCAGGAGGAGCAGCGUUGUCGGGAGGGGGCCUUGAGCCUCCUGCAACACCUGCGACCACACUGGGACCCCCAGGAGGUGACCCUGCAGCUCUUCACAGAUGGAAUCACAAAUAAACUUAUUGGCUGUUAUGUGGGUAAUACAAUGGAGGAUGUUGUCCUGGUGAGAAUUUAUGGAAAUAAGACUGAGCUGUUAGUUGAUCGAGAUGAGGAAGUGAAGAGUUUUCGAGUGUUGCAGGCACAUGGCUGUGCACCACAACUCUACUGUACCUUCAACAAUGGACUAUGCUAUGAAUUUAUACAGGGAGAAGCAUUGGAUACAAAACAUGUUUGCAACCCAGCCAUUUUCAGGCUAAUAGCUCGUCAGCUUGCUAAAAUUCAUGCUAUCCAUGCACAUAAUGGCUGGAUUCCCAAAUCUAAUCUGUGGUUAAAGAUGGGAAAAUAUUUCUCUCUCAUUCCCACAGGAUUUACAAAUGAAGAUAUUAAUAAAAGGUUCUUAAGUGAUAUCCCAAGCCCUCAGAUUCUUCAAGAAGAAAUGACUUGGAUGAAGGAGAUUCUUUCCAAUCUGGGCUCACCAGUUGUGCUUUGCCAUAAUGACCUAUUGUGUAAGAAUAUAAUCUACAAUGAGAAACAAGGUGAUGUACAGUUCAUUGAUUAUGAGUAUUCUGGAUACAACUACCUGGCAUAUGAUAUUGGAAAUCAUUUCAAUGAAUUUGCAGGUGUGAGUGAUGUAGAUUAUAAUCUCUAUCCAGAUAGAGAACUACAGGGACAGUGGCUACGUUCUUACCUUGAAGCAUACAAAGAAUUUAAGGGCUUUGGGACCGAAGUAACUGAAAAGGAAGUAGAAAUACUCUUCAUUCAAGUCAAUCAAUUUGCAUUGGCUUCUCAUUUCUUUUGGGGAUUGUGGGCUUUGAUUCAAGCUAAAUACUCUACUAUUGAAUUUGAUUUUCUUGGGUAUGCAAUUGUUCGUUUUAACCAGUACUUCAAAAUGAAGCCUGAGGUUACUGCAUUAAAAGUGCCCGAGUAA